GAGUGUGAUUUUUGACUGGUUGGGUGUAUUUUGUAUCUAUGUAUCUUGAUUACCUACACUUUUUUUUAAAAGGUAUAGAAAAUAUGUUGAAAUCAUUCUUUAAUAUACCAACCACAGAAAAAAAUAUACAAAAUCGUUGUUUUUUUUUUCUUUGCGCCAUCGAUGAAUUUUUCGAACUCAGUUCGAGGGAAAAAAUUCGCGUCGCCAGAUUGAUGAUCGAUGAAUUGCCAUAAAACCAAACGUUUAAAAGUCCUAAAACAGUUUCACAAAUUAAUCCGAACAAGAUUAGGGACUUUGAGUUUUUUGGUGAAUUAUGUAAUAGUUGAUUAAAUUUUUGCGCUAAAAUAUUUGAAUCGAUUGAAAGUUUUUAUGUGUUUUCCGUGAAAUUAUAAAAGAUUCACUUUAAUUUUUUUUGUGAAAACUAAAACGCAUUCCAGAUACUCCGUCGUUUUUAUUGAAAAGUUUUAAAAUGAAAAUGGAAGGUCAGCAACAACAUCAACAACAACAACAACAACAGCCUAUGGAACUUAUAACGGAAAUAAAAACAGAACCCAAUAAUGAGCAAGUGACAUCGCGAACACCAACAUCUGAGGAACAGCAUCAGAACCAACAAGAACAGCAGCAGCAACAACAACAACAGCAGCAGCAUUUGCAGCAACAACAUCAACAACAACUUCAACAAGAGCAUCAACAACAUCAGCAGCAACAACAACAACAACAACAGCAACGAAAAGAGAGCGCCCUAAACGUUUCUAGACUUUUGCGUGGUGACCUUAUCGAUCCCACGUCAGUACCAAUUGCAAGGACACAACAACGACGCAUUCUGACAACUGCGGGAACUUUGCGAGAAGUUAAUGAUCCAGUGCGCGAAAACGACGCAGACUCAGACUACAACAGUCAUCAACACUCUCCUUCGGACUUUGUACAAAUGGCUCCAAGACCCGAUGAACCCUCAACUGUCUACACGUAUGAGUCUACACCAACGACCAACACUCUUAUUGGCUCUGAAAACCAAUCUAUAAAAAUCGAGUCCCUAGACAAAGAUCAACAACAGCAAUUGCAACAGCAAUCAGAGCAACCAUCAUCGGCCGCUUCGGCAGUUUUUUCAGAAUCAACUGUUGUGUCAGCAUCCUCCCUGCAGAAUCACCAUCAGCAUCCACAACAUCAUACCACACUACGUGCCUAUGAAGACGAACGCUUUGCUGCUGCUAUAGAACACAGUGAUCACACCCAAAUCAUCUAUUACGAUCCGAAUGCCCUUAACGGUGCAACUGUCGUUGAAUCCCACAAUGAGUCUAAGACCUUUACAAAUUUGGGCCCGGCCGGGGGGAAUCUUGCUCCCGCUCCUGGCACCGAAUACUCAGUCACUGGGAAUUACAGUCAAAAUAGUCCGUAUGCUGGCUUGACACAAACCUAUAACAUGGCCAACGCUAACCCGCUACUGUAUAAAACCGACCCAACACUGAAUUCAAUGCGACCUAAUAGCCAAUUUCCGCUAACGGUAUAUGAAAACCCUGGAGUUUCUGAAUCGUAUUGGCCAACAACAACUUCCAUUGAAUUUCCCAAUAUCAACACCUACAAUCAGGUAAUAACCGAUGAAUAUGGUUCACCAAACGGCAGUCCUUGGACGACAUCUUCCGGUGCUACCACCACUACCACCUUCGAUACCACAGGAGUUGAUUUCAAGUGUCAGUAUUGUGGAUCGCUGAUGCUGAGGAAAGAAAACGAUUUGAUUUGUAUAACAUGUUCAGCGUCGCGAAUGUCCCAUAUGACACGUCUGCCACCGCGCCAAACCAAACCCAAGACGUCCACUCUCAACAACAAUCGUAGGAAUGGAGUUAGUUGUGCGAAUUGCUUUACCACAUCGACCACGUUGUGGCGACGCAACAACGAGAGUCAACCGGUUUGCAAUGCGUGUGGAUUAUACUUCAAGCUGCACAACAUGAAUCGUCCACUAACGAUGAAGAAGGAAGGCAUCCAAAAGAGGAAACGCAAACCAAAACUGGCGAAUGGAGCACCAAUGAGGAACACCCUACCAAGUAUUGUCGUGCCGUCACAUCAUGCAAUGUACCCAUCGCAGGUACAAAACAUUGGACUCCCAAUGGUUUCGGCCCAAGAUCUGCAUGACAUGUCUACUGGAGGUAGUAAUGGCAAUCGCAUAAGCAUUAGUCACAGUGAUGUGAAUGCUAUUAAUGUAUCCCGUCAUCAUCUGCAAUCGGAAGUCCCAACUUCGGUGGGAGAAAAUCAUUCCACGCAGUACAAUUGUUGUGAGCCACCUUCACAAAGCCAAUCACCACAUUUACCAAAUACCAGCACUUUAAAUCGUCAAAUAAAUCAAACCGUUCCACCACUAGAUGGCGGUAGAUCAGUUAAUGGUGAGAUUGCCACCAGCGUCAUUACAAGUACUGGAAUUCCCGAAAGGUCCUCGAAUAAUUAAAAAAAAGACAUAUGAAAGAGAAAGGAUUUAUUUUAUGUGGCUCCAAUAGUAGUUUUAAAAUGGCUUCUAAUUAAGGGACUUUAAUUUGAAAAAUUUAGCAUAGUUUGAGAACUUUUCCAACUUUCGAUGAGUCAUAAUGUAUAAAUAACUAUUUACAUAUGUAUAUACAUAUUGUGUCUUGCGAAUACGUCUACAAAAUCAAAAGUUUAUUAUAAGUUUUUAUUAUAAACUCGAUGUCUGUUUGAUAGUAAAAGCUAAUGAAACAAAAAAGAAAAGCCUGAUUCUACAACCACAUUCCUAAACCAAAAUUUAUUUGUAAUACAAUUUUGUAAAAAAGUAUAUUCAUCCCAGUAAACUAAAUUUAAAAAAUAUAAAACGCCAAAAUUACUCCGAGUUCAAGAAUGUAAAUUUACUGCAACAAUGCAAAGAAUUAACCAUUAAUAUUGACUUAUUUAAGUUAAGG